AUGGCUGAGGUCGCGAGCAUGUCUCUUCCCAAUCCACCUCUCAUUCUUAUACUCCCGAAACAGCAGACGCUCAGCAGUAUGCAAGAGAUUACUUCCUCCGAGGCUGAUAUCGCAAGCGAUGCUGAGUCUGCUGUUUCGCAGCUCGACACCCCUUCAACAGAAGAAAAGGAAGAUUCCGAUACGUUGAGAAACGAUACUCAUCGUGCAGUGCUUGAUCGACACAUAAAGCACCAGCAAGAGAAAGAGCGACAGAAAGAUGUGGAUGCUGACACCGUUGACAAGGAACAACAGGAGUACUCAACUACUAUCGAAGCUGAAUCUGCUCGAAUCAUCGACAAGGUCCGUGACUACCAGCAAGAGCUCUUUGAACGGGCUAAGAGUGAGAACAUAAUUGCUGUACGACAGAGAAUUGUCUUCUUCCUCGCUAACAGUGUCCACCUCGUUCAGCAGCAAGCUCGUGUUCUGGCCAACAAUCUCAUCGACAAGCCGGCCGUCCUCUAUGGCAACAGCAAGAAUGACCUAUGGAAGAAGUCCAAUUGGAACUCCAUUCGAGAGCACAAUAAAUUGGUCGUCUGCACUCCGGCUAUCCUCGAUCAAUGUCUCAUGCACGCCUUUCUAAACAUGCAAGACAUCUCCCUCCUCGUCUUCGAUGAGGCACAUCACGCCAAAAAAGACCAUCCAUACAGUCGUUUGAUCCGUUCAUACUAUCUCAAAUGCCCUCAUGAGCAUAGACCGAGGAUUUUUGGCAUGACUGCGUCUGCAGUCGAUUCAAAGGGUGAUAUAGCCAUAACAGCCAAAAACCUUGAGGAGAUUCUACAAGCAAAGAUUGUAACUACCGACGAUGGCAGCUUGUUGUCGUUCGCGCCAAAACCCACGAAUGUCAAGUGGCUUUACCCUAGGCUAAGAACAUUCUGCACGCAAACUGACCUCUACUCAAAUUUGUUCAUGAAAAUACAGUUCUGUGAAGCUUUGAAACAAGGCUUUGUUUUUGCAAGCAAAGCUACUGUCGAGCUUGGCCCUUGGUGUGCUGAUCGUGUAUGGAAAUAUGUGAUUGGUUGUUCUGCUCAUGAAUCCUCACGAAUCAGCUCUAAAUUCGAGAAAAGUCAGGCUUAUGCAGAUCUACCCGACGGAGAAAGAACGCAGGCCAUGGCUGCUUUAGACGAGGCAUUUCUGCUUGUCCGGAACUACGUUCACCCACUACCACAAUUGACCUCGGAGCAUUUGUCGUCCAAAGUGAUCAGGCUGUGCGAGGAGCUUGCCCAGCACUUUCAAAACAACCCGAACACCCGUGCCAUAGUCUUUGUUGAGGAGAGAUUGAAAGCCCUUGUUCUUCACGACUGCUUAAGUCAGCUCUGCAUUCCUCACAUCAGGAGCGGCAUCUUAUUAGGCAUUGCUGGGACUAAUUUUGAGGCCAUAUCAAUGAAGCAUCAAGAACAAAUGCUUCAACGCUUCCGAGCAGGUCUAAUAAAUCUGGUGUUUGCCACAUCGGUUGCUGACGAAGGCUUGGAUAUUCCACAAUGCAAUCUCUGUGUGAGGUUCGACCUUUGCAAGACAACUAUACAGUACAUGCAAAGCAAAGGUCGAGCAAGAAUGAAAGGCUCGAUAUUUGCCCACAUGGUAGAAGAUGGAGACUUGAAGCAAUCUGGUGAGGUUGACUACCAGUUGGACAAUGAGAUGUACAUCAAGAAAUGGUGUAGCAGUCUGGAGCCUGAUCGUCGUCUCGGCCAAGGCACAGAAUUGACAAAAUUGUUGUCUAAGGACUCUGCUGGACAAGCAAUGCGGACUGCUUCAGGUGCCAUGCUCGAUUAUUCAAAUGCUCUUCUGAUCUUGGCCCGCUUCACAGCAUCCUUGCGACACACAGGGGCUCUCACUUCAGAAAUUUACGAGGAGGAGAUCGACAUCCACGAUACUUUGUUCAGAUACGUUGUAAGGUUGCCAGCCAAUUCAGAAUGCCAAGUGCGUGGCUGUAGAGGCGACUGGAAGCCCAACAAACAGCUCGCAAAGCGGUCAGCUGCUUUCGGAUGCUGCUACCUACUACGCAAUAAAGGUUAUCUGAAUGACAACUUGGACUCGAUUUUCAGGAAGCUCAAGCCGGAAAAUCUUAACGCUCGACUCGCUGUGACAGUCAAGAAGGAAGCUUAUGAUAUGCAAGUCAAGCCUACAGCCUGGCAGUCACAUCUUGAUGUUUUCCCCACCGAGUUAUAUGCUACGAUAUGGAGCUUCUGUCCAGAGCGAAAAUUGAAGCAUCAGGUAGCUCCAAUAGUAAUGCUGACCAAAGCACCAUUGCCAGCUAUGCCUUCGUUUUGUGCUUACCUGGAGGACAAUGUGAAAACCGAUGUGAUGCUCAAUUGUGUUCCAAAAGUGCUCCAAGCAUCGCAAGAGCAAGUCAAUCAGCUGACCACCUUCACGCUCAGAGCUGUCUUUUCGGAUGUCUUCAACAAGGUGUACGCAUUUGAGCCUGAGAAAAUGUCGUAUUGGCUGGCUCCUCUGGCACAUAAUAUGUCAAGCGAUUGUCGUAACAUUGAGGACGUCGCCGAUAUGCCUGCAUUGAAAACAGCUCAAGGUGAACGACAAAAAUGGGAAUCUGGCGUGAGCUCUAAAGUUUGGACGAACAAAUUUAUCUGUGAUCCAUUGAAUGGUCGUUUUCACUACUUCACUGGCGAUGUCGCACCCGAGGUCAAGAUCACGGAUCCUGUGCCUGACUCGGUACCUCAUAUCGCACAGAAAAAGAGACACAACAUCAUAGAUUUUUCCAACAGUCUGUGGACGGCUACCAAGAAACGUGCAACAGAGGAACACGUUUACGAUUAUACCCAGCCUGUACUCCAUGCAGAUCUCAUUGGCACAAGAAGGAAUUUUCUCGAUCAAGCAGCGUCGGCAAAGGACAUUAUUCCUUGUUUGAUCGCCCCGGAAACUCUGCAAAUUGCCCGCAUGUCUGUAGAAUUUGCAGCUUCCUGCUUGUUAUGGCCUGCUUUGAUCCACCGCAUCGAAGCAUACAUGAUCGCAAUAGAAGCAUUUACGAAGCUUGAUCUGCCUGGAGUGUCUGCAGACCUUGCCUUGGAGGCUUUCACGAAAGACGCUGAUAAUGAUAACCAAGAGCAACAAGUUCAUACAAGCGGUAAGCGAGGAAUGGGCAAGAACUACGAGCGUCUCGAAUUUAUCGGCGAUAGCUUGCUGAAGAUGACAACGACAAUGACCGUCUUCAACCGUACUGUUUGCGAUGAAGAAGGCAUGCAUUGUCGUCGAAUGGAGAUCCUAUGCAACAGAAAUCUCUUCAAUGUCGCUACUGCAGAGGACUUGCAGCUAUACAAAUACGCCAGAACCCUUGCAUUUGAUCGAACGACGUGGUAUCCAGAAAACCUGAAAUUGCUGCAGGGUCGUGGUGCAAGAAAAGACCCAAUUCGGAUGGUACACGAACCUGUUUCUCAAGACCUAGGUAUGAAGACGAUUGCCGAUAUGUCUGAGGCUAUCAUUGGAGCGGUAAUCACUGCGACAGCACAUCUUUCCUCGCAGAACAACCGGUUUGAUCUUGGCAUCAAAGCCGUGACUAAGCUCGUCCGUUCAGCAGACCACGACGUCAACUCGUGGUCAGACAUAGCUGCGCAAUAUUCUGCACCAGCCUGGUCUCUACAGACAAAUGACCCGAUCGCGAAUGAUCGUGCCCAAGCCGUCGCAGCUAAAACGGGCUACCAGUUCCGAUAUCCGCGUCUUCUGAGAAGUGCGCUUACCCACAGCUCCGACAUGAACUCAACCGUUCCAGAUCUUCAGCGUCUCGAGUUCCUCGGAGACGCAAUCUUGGACUGGGUGUGUAUCUCCUGGCUCUUCAACACGAACCCGACACGAAACCCUCAAUGGCUCACCGAGCACAAGAUGGCCAUGGUCAGCAACAAAUUUCUCGCAGCAUUAGCCGUGACACUGGACUUUGACAAGUUCGUGUUCGUAACUACCGCCAAGCUCAUCGCCGAUAUUCAGACCUACGCAAUAAAAGUGCGUGAGGGCCUGGCACGGCCAGAUUGUCCCAAGAGUUUCUGGACUGAGAUCGAGUCGCCACCCAAAGCAUUGUCAGAUUUGGUCGAGUCAUACCUUGGAGCCGUUCUUGUGGAUUCCGGGUUCGAUUACAGCGAAAUAGAAAACUUCUUCAACAAGCACGUCAAGCAUUUCUUUGAGGAUAUAUCUGAGUAUGACACGUUCGCAAAUAGACACCCAACGACGUAUCUUUACAACAAGCUGAGUCACGAAUACAAAUGUCGAGAUUAUGGGAUCAAUGACUCUGGUGAUCCGGUCAAUGAGGGAGGCAUCGAAGUUGAGAUUGUGGCGGGUGUUAUCGUGCAUGGGUCGGUGAUUGCUGAAUCUCGAGGGACGAGCGCGAGGUAUGCUAGGGUUAGAGCGAGCAAGAAUGCGCUUGCGAAGCUGGAUGGGUUGAGCAGGGAUGAGUUUAGGAGGAAGUUUGGUUGUAAUUGUGCUUUGAGGGAUAAAUGA